AUGGGAGAGUUUGAGAAGAAAACGUCAAGGGGUGUGCUUUUGAUGCGUAAACUGAGUCAUUUGAUUCUCUCUCAAGGAAAGGAUGCUGUUGUUCAGGAAUCGAGUAUAGAAUCGUCUGCUACUCUUAUCACAGUGGCUCGAAAUCGCCUUGUCGAAGAUGGUUAUCGGCAACUGUCUAUGUUAUCUACGAGAGCUCUCAAAUCCACUAUCCGAGUGAAAUUUAUCAACCAACAGGGUCUUGAUGAAGCCGGUAUUGAUCAAGAUGGAGUAUUCAAGGAGUUUCUCGAACUAACUAUCAAACAAGUGUUUGAUCCUGCCUUGAAUCUAUUCCGUAGUACCGCCGCCGGAGUGCUCUACCCGUCUGCCACUUCAAGUGUCCAUGAAGAUCAUUUGGCACUGUUCCAGUUUGUGGGUAGAAUCUUGGCCAAGGCAGUGUAUGAGGGCAUUGUUGUUGAUGUCCAGUUAGCGCCUGUUCUACUUGCUGCGAUGCUAGGUGGACGUCGUCUUUGUGCCUUCGAUGAACUAUCUCAGCUUGAUCCCGAACUUUACCGCAAUCUAACCUUUGUGAAGAAAUACGACGGUGACGUUAGCGAUCUGUCCCUAACAUUUAGCAUCGAUGAGGAUUUCAUGGGCAAGAUAAAUACUGUGGAUCUGGUUCCUGGUGGCAGAACGAUUCAGGUUACUAAUGAGAACAAAAUCGAUUAUGUGCAUCGAAUGGCACAUCAUCGGGUGUUCUCGCAAACAAAACAGCAAUGUCGGGCGUUUGUUUCUGGUGCACAAUCCGUUUUGAAUCCCGCGUGGCUCUUCCUUUUUGCUCCAUAUGAGUUGCAGUUUAUUAUAAUUCGAGCAAUGUCCGUUGUUAAGUUCGUUACGAGUUGCUCACGUCCACCUUUGCUCGGUUUUUCCUACCUCGAGCCUCCAUUUUCGAUACGAUGUGUAGAAGUUUCUGAUGAUCAGGAUCAAGGCGAUACCUUAGGAAGCGUUGUACGAGGAUUUCUAGCGCUCAAGAAAAGUCAGUCGUCAUCACGUCUGCCAACUGCCUCGACUUGCUUUAACCUGCUGAAAUUACCGAACUACAACAAGAAGUCAGUGCUGCUAUCGAAACUUCGCUACGCAAUUCAUUCAGAAACCGGUUUUGAGCUUAGCUAA